UACUGUCACAUUCCCGCUUUCAACCAUUUCCAUUGAAUUCACCUUCCAUGACAAAUCCACAACACAAUUGAAACUGUUUCACCCCAAAGCAUUCAUAAUUGUGAUUUGAAAACCCCAUGAACUCUCGAGAAGUUACGCUAGUGGCCACCGCAACUGCGUUUGGCGCCUUGGCCUCCGCAAUCGCUCUUCAUUUCUUCUACCGCUCUCAAACUCACUCAUCCAAAACCAAUCCUUCACAAAACGGCAUCGUAUCUUCUUCUUCUUCUUCUUCUUCUUCACGAGUUAGAAGUUCUGGGGAUCCUUUCGACCCCACCAAGCGCAAAGGAUACUUGUCUUGGGAUGAUUAUUUCAUGGCUAUUGCGUUUUUGUCUGCUGAAAGAUCCAAAGACCCUAAUAGGCAGGUGGGUGCUUGCUUAGUGAGUCAAGAUGAUAUAAUUCUCGGCAUUGGUUAUAAUGGAUUUCCAAGAGGUUGUUCUGAUGACAAGCUACCAUGGGCCAAGAAAUCUAGGACCGGGAAUCCUUUGGAGACCAAGUACCCUUAUGUUUGUCAUGCUGAAGUAAAUGCUAUUCUUAACACAAACCAUGCCUCUGCUGCUGGACAACGGCUGUAUGUGACAAUGUUUCCUUGCAAUGAGUGCGCCAAGAUCAUAAUCCAGUCAGGAGUUUCUGAAGUUAUUUAUUUUGUGGAGAAGAAAUUAGAAAAUUCAGAUGUUACAUAUACUGCCUCUCACAAGCUACUUUCAUUGGCUGGUGUAAAGGUCAGGAAACACCAACCACUGAUGAGUGAAAUUCAUCUGAAAUAUGAGGAUCAUUAGAUUUGAAACAUGUAUUCAGUGUUUGUUGUAACUAUAUUUAAGGAUCAGAAUUAACGGAAGAUGAUGGCUGUGACAAUUCUGAAUACUUGAAAUAUAUUUAAUUUUCUCCUCAAACAAAACUAGCAACAAAGAUAAGAGUCAUGACACAUUUUGGCCCUUCAUUAUGUUGUGUGCAAUCAUACCAUAAACCUAAAUUAAACCCCCAUCUAAGGUCUCCGCAUUGGAUCUCUGCAAGUAUGGUAUUAGGAGUUUGUAAUAUCUAAUUUUUCUAGGAUUCAUAUUCAAGACAAAACUAUAGACAUCUUGCAAUUCUCAUAUAAUGAAAAGAGGAAUUUACUCUGA